GACUCUCAGUUUAGCAGCCAUUGAGGAUUACUAACUUCACAGAGAUUUGGAAGAGAAAGUGACACACUAUUCACUUUUCCUGAACAGCAGAAGAACAGGAUUGAUUCACACAAAGAGGCCAGUUGUCUGUUAAUGUCGCAAGACGCUUUUUCAGAGCCAAUGACAGAGUUUCAUCCUUGUCUCCACAGCAAGCUAGAGACAUGCAGUGACCUGCCACCCUCAUUGGAGAGUGCCAGCCAGAAUGCUGAAGCCUCAGACUCGGAGACAAAGAAGGGUUUUGUGUUUGUGAAGGAGUAUGUCAACACUACAGAGCUGUCCAAACACAACACAGCGGGUGCUGAGAACGACAAAGGCUGUGUUGGCACUUCUGCCUGUAAGUGCUGUGGGGAUCCAGUGCGGAGCGAUGGCAGGAUCAUCAUAGAACAUCUCAAUGUUUUCUACCAUCCCAACUGCUUUAAGUGUGGGGUGUGUGCUAAGCCAAUGGGGGACCUGCUGUACUCCAUGUUCCUGCGCGGAGCAGUGGUCUAUUGUGAGACCUGCUACCCCGGCCUCUCAUAGAUGGAAGGAAAAAGACAACACUGCUUCUGUUUUUGUUACUUC